GGCACCACAUAUUCUUCAAUCGUGCCAGAAAAACAAUCGCACUUCACAUUAUUGGACAUUCCGGACCCCCCUGGCAUGCCCCUAGUAAUGGGUUUUACCUCACGUUCUGUGAACCUUUCUUGGGCUCCGAGCAUCAACAGCCAAAACAGUCCCAUCCUGCAUUAUAUCGUCCACGUGAGGGAGGGAGAGUCUGGAAAAUGGAAUAGUGCCGACGAUAUUGUGACACCGAACAACAAGACGUAUCAUCAAGUCAUCAAUCUUAAACCUUUCACUGUGUACUCUUUUCGGGUUUUAGCAGUGAACGAUAUUGGUGCAAGUAGGCCAAGCAAGCCUUCCUACUACACCGUUACUCUCAGGGAAAAACCAGAAGGUAAGCCUACUAUUACUUCAGCACAGAAUAAAAGCAGCUCAUCUAUUCACCUCCAAUGGAUACCGCCACCAAAAGAAACAAUUCAUGGAGAAUUUCUUGGCUAUCGCAUCCUCUACAAACCACGAAAUAAUGAAAGACUACAAAGAGAAGUCAUCCUACGAGAGCCUCAUAUAAGACAUUACACGAUAAGAAACUUGGACACUUUCACACAAUACUUGAUUUCAGUUCAAGUGUUCAACCCAGAAGGACGUGGUCCACCUGUUACAGUAGCUGUAAUGACUGAUGAAGGAGUUCCAAGCCCACCUCGCAACUUUUCCCUAGUGUGGAUCUCCAACAACACAGUGCGGCUCCACUGGGAAGAACCAGACCAUCCCAAUGGAAUAAUACUAGGUUACCACAUAUACUACUUACAACCUGCUCGAAACUUGACAGAAAUAGAAAAAGUCUUAAAACCGUUGCCAGUUAUGGAUUACUUAUUAACUAACUUACAACCCUACACUGAAUACAUCAUCUGGUUGAAGUCUUUCACUUGGAAGUUUGAAGGCCAACCUAGUCAAAAGUUAAAACUACGUACAGAUGUGCAAGGUCCAAGUGCUCCACACAUUUCCAAUUUAACUUGCCCAACUCUGGAUAGCCUCUUUCUGCAGUGGGAACGUCCUCAAAAGUAUUAUAACCAGAUAGAUUAUUAUUUUGUAUACUAUCGCUCCGAACAUUCAUGGAAGUUUGAAGAAAUUGCAUUGGAAGUUUCACAUGACAGGAUUGAUCAAUCAUUGGUCAUUCCUAAUCUAACAGCCAACACCAUGUAUGAAAUAAAGGUUUGUGGAGCAACUCGAAGUAUUAUUGAGCCAAACAAACUGUAUAAGGGUUAUUUUUCUGACUCUCGAAAGGUGCUUCUCCUCAGCAAGUGUCAAACAUUUACAAAUUCUCCAUUUGUGCAGUCAAAUGUCAGUGCUGGUUUGAUAGCUGGAGUUGUCUGUGCUUCAUUUGCUUUUCUUUUGGCUAUUGUGUCUAUCACACUCUGGAGAAAAUAUUUCCAGGUUGCGUAUUAUUACCUUGACGACCCCCCAGGCAAUAGAGCCUCCCCUCAGUUAUCUGAUGCCUUUGAUGACUUAGAUUAUCCAUCAAUACCAGUUUACAAAUUUGCCAAACAUGUAGCAGACUUACACGCUGAUGGAGACAUAGGAUUUUCUAGAGAAUAUGAAAUGAUCCAACAGACAACUGACAUCAACUUUUCCUCAGAAUUCUCUCAAUUGAAUGAGAACAAAAACAAGAAUAGAUAUGUCAACAUCAUGGCUUAUGAUCAUACCAGAGUGGUACUGAAACCACUUCCUGGACAAAAGAAGUCUCCAGAUUACAUUAAUGGAAAUUAUAUUGAUGGUUAUGGAAAGUCAAGGGCUUAUAUUGGAACUCAGGGACCAUUGCCAUCUACAUUUGAUGAUUACUGGCAGAUGAUUUGGGAACAGCGGGUCUACAUUAUUGUUAUGAUCACAAACCUUGUGGAAAGAGGAAGGAGAAAAUGUGACAUGUACUGGCCCAAAGAAGGAAUGGAAACAUAUGGUGUAAUUCAAGUUAAGUUACUUCAUGAGUUGGUAAUGGCAACUUAUACACUUCGAACUUUCAACGUGCGAAAUGUUAAAAUCAAGAAGAAACACUAUGCAGACAGAACUGUGUUACAGUACCACUAUACCAAUUGGCCUGACCAUGGUGUUCCCGAUCACCCUUUGCCUGUUCUGAGCUUUAUUCAGAAGUCAUCUUCAGCUAAUCCUUCAGAUGGUGGCCCCAUUGUAGUCCACUGCAGUGCUGGUGUUGGGCGAACAGGAACCUACAUUGUUAUUGAUGCAAUGUUGAAACAGAUUAAACAUCAACAAACAGUGAAUAUUUAUGGUUUUCUAACCCAUAUUAGACAACAGAGGAACUAUUUGGUGCAAACUGAGGAACAAUAUGUUUUUAUCCAUGAGGCCAUACAAGAGGCCAUUGAGAGUGGAGAAACAGAAGUUUUAAGUCAUAACAUGCAGGCAUAUAUCCUGUCUUUACUGACAAUAGAGGGUGCUGAUGGAGAGAAGGGUUACUGUCCACUUAUAGAAAAACAGUUUAAGCUCAGAAUAAGGUUGAGGGAUCGGUUCUUUCCUUUGUUACAUGGCUUCAAAGCAGAAACAACGUUGAAAUCUUUGGCUCGGAAAGAGGUCACCAGCUGCAUAACUCCAAAACCUGGAACAGAUGGAUCAGACUAUAUCAAUGCUACUUUUCUUAUGGGCUUCAAUAAGAUGAGAGAGUUUAUUGUAACCCAACACCCUACAUAUGACACAGUGAUUGACUUUUGGCAGAUGGUUUGGGAUCACAACACCCAAACAAUAGUGCUUUUAUCAUAUAUAGAUGAAAAUGAGUAUCCAAGUUUCUGGCCAGAAAAAGAUCAAGAAUCAGUGUACAGUACAUUUAAAGUCAAACAAGCAGAAGAAUCAUACCAAGGUUGUUUUAUCACUCGAGAUUUUAUCCUUCAAGCCCUCCAGGAUGAGUAUGAAGUCAUGUGUCGAGUUAUCCAGUGUUCUGGUUGGCCUGAGAUUUGCUCCCCCCUCAGCUGUGUAUUUGAUCUAAUCUAUCUAGUCCAGGAAUGGCACCUUGAGUAUCAGAAUGGCCCAAUGAUUGUAAUUGACAGGUAUGGAGGUACUGAGGCUGCAACUUUCUGCUGUCUGACAACACUCUUCAAACAGUUACAAUAUGAAAACAGAGUAGAUGUGUACAUGUAUGCUAAGUUGUACCAUAUGCAUAGACCAGGAAUUUGGAAAACCCAGGAUGACUACUACUUUCUCUAUCGAGCACUGGAAAGUAUCAUUGACAACAGAAUUCCAGAGGAAAUAGAUCCCUUAUUCAGCAAUCAACAGAUUGAAACUAAUGGUCACGUAAGAAGUAAUGGAGAUGCUUUUAGAGUAAAUGUUGCUUCAGUUUCACUGUGAACAAAUAACCACACACACACACAUAUAUAUUGUUUUGUUUAUGAGGAUCACCAACUCUCAUAUAGUUGUUUUUUUUUAAUCAAAGGAUGAUCCAAAAAGUAUAUGUAUGUAACUGUAAGAUAACACAGGAAAUAGAUCAAUGACUUCAUAGAUGUUAACAAACUUUAAAAUGCUCAGUAAUGGUUAAUCCAAAUAAAAAAAUUGAAAUUAAAUGUUUUUAUGUGUACUGUUAAGACAGUUGAGAUUAGAUUUGCUCAAGAGCCAUAAAUGGUGUCGCUGUUAUGGUAGUGUUAAUACAAUGGGAUACAAGCUUUUAAAAAGGUGUAUUUUUGUUUGUCAGUAUUUGUUAGUAGUCUUUUUUUUUUCAUAAUUUAUUAAUAAGUGCUUAUAUGUGUAACUUGAAUUAUACUCUCUUUUUUUCUGAAAGAUAUAUUUAUUUAUUGAUACACUUGCAAAGUCUUGAAAGAGUUGUAUUAUUUAUUUUAAAAUAUAAUAUGCUCACUGAUUAGUUUGCAGUUGUGACCAGUGGCAACAGAACUGAAAAUAGAAAGUUUGUUGAUUACUUUACAAAAACAAAUUACUUAAUUUGCUGUAGGUGUGAAUUAGCCAUUUUUAGUAUGCUUAUUUCUUCAUAUAUAACUAAGAAAGAAGUUCAGAGUCCAUCAGGACAUCAGACAACACAGAAAAGUAUUAUAUAUAUUUCAAGAAGUAUGUAGUCAACGAGGACAUUAUUGUUAAAAGGUUUAAACUGAAGAGAGCUUCCAGCUUAAGAGUUUUAUGUACAGGGAGAGUAAUAAAUAGCAUAGAAUAUGUGUGCAAUUUGAUGUUAAUGAUACUAAAUCAUUAAAAUAUUGAAUAGUAAUUUAGACCCACUCCUUCUAUAUCAUCUGUACAAAGUUCAUAUUAGAAAGUUAUUAUCAGUUCGUUUAUCACUGUUGCACUCUAAGUAGAGUUGAUUAGAAACAGUAGUUUUUGUCAUCAAAGAAAAUAAAAAAAUAAAAUGGGAGCAAAACAAACAUUCACAACUAGAAAUAGUUUCCUAUUAUUAAACCUAUGGCAAGUGUUUGUACAGGUUACUAUAAAACUUUCAUAUAAUAGUCACAGCUAGGAUUUCUGCAUUGAAACCCAACAUAGUUGAUCAGGAUAGUUCUAGAAAGUUGUUAUUGUGAAAAAAACAGUAAAAGAACGUUUUCUUACUUUCUUUAUACACUAUAUCAAGUUUCAAUGUAAAAUGUAUUAAUGAAACAUUUUUAAACUGUUGCUUGUUAAUUCUGGUUUUCAGACCUAUUGCAAUUACUAAAUGAAUAUAUUCUCUUCAAUAAACUUUAACCACGUUAUCUUGAUUUUCAGGUUAUGUGGUUAUAAAAAAACAAAUAGAAUCUGACAAUAAACUAGUACUUAAUCUAAUUAUAUAGAUGAGAUUCAUUACUAGCCUAGAAUUCAAUCAAAAUAAGAUGAUAUUUUGAACAAUAUGAAAAAAACACCGGGUGAAUCGUACUCAGUGAAGAACAACUUGUAAACAAGCUGAUUACUGCCUUACAUGUACAUAAUACAAAAUGAACAAGACUGUAGAAAUAACCAUCCUGGAAGAAGACUGGACUGGUUGUGUUUAACAUUGUAAGUCUUCAUCCUAAAAGAAAAAAAUGUAAAGUUUAAUUGAAAAUAAGUACAGUCCAAGUCCCGGUGAGAUUCCAAUGAAGAGAAACAGGUAAUUAAUAGAUACAUUUGAACUUAUAAAGUUCAACUUAUCAUUCCUGAAUAUUUUCUACUCAAGUUUUCAUAAGGUUUACUUCUUCUUGUCUCUCUUCAGUGACUUGUUUAUAAGUGAUGUACGAUACUAACAUGUUGUGUUGCUGUUGUACUGUUUAACUGUUAUUUAGGAGUAAGAAUUUUCAUAUUUUAUCAGUUGAUGUUGAUUACAUUUGGGGAUAAUGUUUACUUGUUGCAAAUAUAAUUGCUAGAAUCUUUAUUAUAGAAUACUAUGUAGUGUUAAUGAAAGUUGACGAUGUUUUGUUUUAAAGCAUCAUUUUUAAAGAUUUCUUGUGGGCUCAUGUAAGAUAUUUCCUCAUUUUUUGUAGCUGUUACUCAUUUUUCUGUGUGAAUGUUUAUUAGCUCCUAGAUUAUUUAAGUCAUUAGUAUUGUGUAGAAUUACAGUACAGAAAGUCUCAAAUAUUUGUAAAAGUUAGGUAUUUAAGAUAUCAUCUGUUACUGCUUUCCACACACUAAAAAAAACUACCACCCUUACUAAAGUGGGCCCCCUCGUGGCUCAGCAGAUAGCCUAUGACACUAAAAUUCAGGGUUUGAUUGCUGCAAUGACCACAUCACAAAUAAUCCAUUGUGCAGUUUUGUGCUUGACAAAAAAUAAAACAAUUAUUAAUAAAUUUUAUUUCCAAUUGAGGCAAAUUUUUCAAAUGAUGCUAUUGUGUUACUUAUAAAUCUACUAGAAGAAUUUAAAAGCAUUAUCUCAAAAAA